UCCCCCGCCGUGCGCGGAAACUCCUCCGCAUUUCGACAUUUCGAAUUAACACCUUGUUUCGUUGUACUUCUUUCCGGAUGGCUAUUCAUUCAAUCAUGCCGGUGAGUCAUCAUAGCGCAUACAUUAUAUAACAGAAGCAGUCGGGCGCGAGUCGUCAGUGAACACAGAGAGAGUGAAGAACAAUGCGAACGCUGCCCUUGCGUUACGUCUGGUUCGCGCUGCUCGCCGCCUGCGCGUCCGCCCAGCAGAGCGACACCGCCACCACGUACCAGUGGAACGAUGACGUGACGGGGGAGCCAGUGACGUGUGAGCGCUGUCCGCCCGGCACGUUCGUGCGGCGCCACUGCGGGACGGGCCGCAGGACCGAGUGCGGAGCGUGUCCAGAGCUCCAUUAUACGGAGUUCUGGAACUACGUGGAGCGUUGCCGUUACUGCAGCGUCUUCUGCAGCGAGCAGCAGUAUGAGAAGGUUCGGUGCAGCUCCACGCACAACCGCGUGUGCGAGUGCAAGGACGGCUAUUACAUGAACAACGGCUUCUGCUCGCGCCACAGAGUGUGUCCCGCCGGGGAGGGUGUGAGUCAGGCAGGGACAGCGCACUCCAACGUCAAGUGCGAGCCGUGCCCCGACGGCUUCUUCUCCCAGAAGCCAUCCAGCACCGAGAAGUGCAGGAAGCACUCGCGGUGCCAGGAGGGAGAGAAGGAAAUACCGGGCACCAAGAAGCAGGACACCUUCUGCACGCUCUGCACCAGUUCCUCCUUAGCCACAGCCAGCAGCAAAGAAGAUCGUGUCGUGUGUGAUAAAGCUGUUAUGGAGUACGUGGUUCAGCAGCCUCUCCCUCCCAGGAAGCUGAAAAGGUUAGAAAAUGUUGUCAAAAAGAUGGCAGGAGACAGCACAGAUGGCACCUCUUUGCUUCACCUGCUGGUCUCUGUCCAGAAAAAGAACGCCAGUCAACCAUUUGUCAAUGUCAUGGUGGACAUUUUGAGAAAAGCAAGGCUGCAUCAUUUGGAGGACAGAAUAAGAAGAUGGUUUCUCGAUGAAGAUUAUGUUUUUCAGUAUCAGUGAUCACAGUAUCAGUGAAGGGCAUUGUCUGAACAAACUGUAACCACAAAGUUUGCCAUACCGUACCACUUCGUUUGUGCAAAACAAAUGUGAUGGGGAAGAUUAUGAGCAUCAUUAAAAUAUUUAGUGAUUUGUUCCUUACCCAGUUCAUUCAUUCACCAAAAUUCACACUGUCUUAGUAUUGUUCAGAAGUAGAAAUGUGUAUGCAUAAGCAUAGAAAUGAUCCGGUUCUAACAAUAUUAAAUUGUCUUCUGCAUCUUCAGUCUGUUGUAAAUCUUUCCAGUUGCACCUUACCUGUGUUGUGCAAAUAUGCAUAAUUUUGCUGUGCCUAUGUUUAUUUUUCCAAAUA